GCAUCUUUGGGAGAUUUGGUGUAAAGUCGAGGUUAAUGUUGUUGGGAAGCCCAGACCAGUCGCUGGUUUGAUGAGUUCGAGGAGCAAUCAAUUGAAAUAAGAGAGCAAUCUGCGCAUUCAGAUCAGACGAUGAUCCAAUAGCAAAGUGGCAACAUUCACCCUUAACAACGAAUCUGCAAACGAACAACAUCAUGCUCCAUUUGUCUCAGUUCAUCAGGGCAAAUUUGCUCUUAGCAUCCAUAUUAUUGGCCGCCGUUCAAUCCCAAGGAAACAACGACUACUGUCAAAUUUCCCCACAACACACAGUUUGCCGCUUUCAGGGACUAAGUGAAAGAUGUGGAGUCCCUCAUGCUCAAGGGUUGAACUCGAACGAAAUGAAGACCGUGGUGGAGCUGCACAAUAAAUUACGCUCCGGUUUGGCCAACGGACAAGAAGGACGAGGUUCCCCCGGACCUCAACCAUCCGCUGCCAACAUGUUAGAAAUGGUUUGGGAUGACGAGCUGGCGGCAAUCGCUCAGAGAUGGGCGGAUCAAUGUAACUUCUCUCACGACGACAAUAGGGACGUCAUGCGAUUUCGAGUGGGACAAAACUUGUACGAGACAACACGAAGCCAUGACCAAAGAUUGGAAAUGACUAUCAACGAAGGUGUGAUGGGCUGGUACGAUGAAGUCAAAGACGUCAACAACAACAUCGUUGGUCAAUACCAGUUUGAUUUCAUGACCGGCCAUUACACCCAAAUGGUUUGGGCCUCAACAGACCGCAUCGGAUGUGGGCACGUAUCAUACAUGAGCGGAAACUGGAUCAAGAAACUACUGGUUUGCAAUUAUGGCCCAACCGGCAACUUCAUUGGUAGUCCUAUGUAUGAAGUGGGUAGUCCUUGCUCAAAAUGUCCGAGUGGAACAUCGUGUUCCCUCCAAUAUCCUGGAUUGUGUGCUUCUAACUCUGGUUCGAGUGUCAUCGAGGAAAACGAACUGUUUGAUCCGUCAAAGGAAACUACCAACAACAAUGGAUUCUUUCCAAUCCAAAAUAUGCAUGGACCAGCCCUUGACAAUGUUCAACUCGAUAAUUCGAUCGAUUCGACUCCUGUCAAAGUGAUGAGUAAUGACGGUUUUGACAACCAUUUGAGCGGUCCUCCCAGUCAGAAUAUGUUCAUGUCCAAUGGUCCAUUCCCCAAUCCCCCCCCUCAAUCGUUAUUGCCUCCGGUUCGUCUUCAACCAAGUGCUAAUAAGCCAAUCCGAUUUGGAACACCGAGGCCGAAUCGACUUCGCAUGCCUAACCUCAUGCAAAUGUUAGGGAACAUAUUCAGAAUGCCAAGAAUGUUCGGUUGAGCCAUUUGUAAUGAAUGUCAUGUAACGCAAUAGCUUGAGACUUUUUCGUUUCGUAAUAUUUUACACUUAUUUAUGAUGCUCAUUUGAAAUACUAAAUCAAUUUACAUAACAA